AUGAAUAAUCUGUACUCAGCAGGCAAAGUCCUGUCAUACACCAUAAGGACUGUCGCCGUGUUGCACAUAUUUUCUUCGAAUGUUUUCGAAAUAAGUGAUACAACGGGUGAGAGCAUGUUGCCGACGCUGGCCGUUGUCAAUGAUAGUGCCGUGGUAGACAAGCGAUACAAGUACGGCAGAAAUGUGAAAAUGGGGGACCUAAUCGUGGCACGCAAGCCUACUGAGCCUUCGAGUUUGGUCACGAAACGAAUCACUGGGAUGCCAGGAGACAUUAUUCUCAUUGAUCCGUCCAAAAACUCGCUCCGACGGUUGCAUCAGGAAAACCUCGACAUGCAAGAAAUAGCUCCUCUGGACAGCAGCAGCUACGACAACUAUGUGAUCGUUCCCAAAGGCCAUGUCUGGGUGACAGGUGACAAUCUGAACGCGUCUCUUGAUUCGAGAACUUACUCCGUUGUUCCACUCGCUAUGAUUGAAGGGAAACUGGUCUACGCGUGGUAUUUGACGGGAAUGCUCUCUAUGUUUACCAAUUCACCUAGAAAACUAGCCAAUACUUUUGUGGAGGAGUGA